ACAUAAACGUUACGCAAUAUUCACGCAAAUAGACAACGUUACAAUAUGGGCUCAUUUCAUUCACGAUUGUGGAAGAUUGCUCUUCCCGUUUCACUGCCUUUACUUACAUUUGCGUAUCUUCGUUGGAGGCAAAUGCAAGUGAAAAAGAUCGAACUAUUUAGGCAAGUAGGUUAUGUGUCCGGGCUAUUUAUCUAUCCCGUCAAAUCAUGCGCAGGAAUUGAGCUGGAAAAUGCCGUGUGUUUUACAGAAGGCAUACAAUUUGACAGGUAUGUUGAAUUCAUUUGAUCAUUCUCAGUGCACCGUGUUUAUUUAUGUUUGUUUUUGUGAUAUUGACUCUUACAAGUUGUUUUUCCAUAACCACUUAUUCCUUAAUAAAGCGACUGAUGACAAUCGAAAACAAUAUUCCUCUAGUGAACAUAGCCCACGCGCAAACAAGUUACACAAAAGAUCCUUGAUUUUAAAAAAAUCAUAACAAGAAGAAAACAAAUGAAAGUAAAUGGAAAUCCACGAGAUCCGAAAACCACAUAACCCUGCGGCAUUGGCCUUCAGUGAUCUCCAAUCUCAAUCGAUUAAUUGCUUAGACUAUCGUUUGUUGUCAUUGAUUGUUACUGGUUACCAUUGAAAACACAAAACAAUCUGUAGUUAAAUGGCAACUUUUGGCUCUCUCUCAUAGGAAUUGGGUGGUAGUUGACAGAAAUGAUAAGUACCUUACUUCGGUGGACAAACCAGUGUUGGCUCAAGUGGUUCCACACUUUGAAGAUGGCAAACUUUGUCUCAAUGCCCCUAGUAUGGACACUCUGAGAAUUCCUAUUCAGCUGGACACCAAGGAGUUUAAAGACCUCAAGUAUUAAACUUUACCUUUAUUGUACAAUAUUCUUGCAGAAGUUCACAUUUCUUGGAUUUGAUAAUGCACUCAAAAUCGGCAAUCUCUCUUAGAUUCCUGAAGACCCUUGCAUAAUUAGUUCAGGAUCAAUAUCAACCUUGUACAAGCAAUUGGCUCAUUCAUGGAUGAUGGUGAUGAUGAUGAUGAUGAUGAUGAUGAUGAUGACAAACGUCACAAUUAUCAUUAGCAUUAUUAUAUUAUCAGCAUUAAAAUAUGAUCCUGAAUGCAUUAUUCAUGGCUAACUUUAGGGUACUGAGAAUCUCAUCCAAGAGUUGCUAUGUUGGAGAUGAAGCUUCUUUAUGGUUUUCAACUUUGCUGAACAAACCAGGCUGCAAAAUGUAUCAAAUUCAUGAACCCCGAGAUUCCACAAAAGAUACAAAAUGGGGCAAUCUAGCAUCGCCGGGAGACAAGGUAGGUUCAGAAUAAUUGUCCAUUUUUGUUCUGGUUUGUCAAACUGUGAAAUUCAGGUACCAACUUGAUUUUUAGAUACUUCAGUUGAAAGGGUAUGUGGCAAACAAGCUACCUGAGAGAUCUCAGGUAGAUUGUUAUAUUAUCGGUUCAAAUGGUCUAUUCCUUGUGAAAAACAGGAGAUGGUCUCAACAAGGUGAUAGCUUUCAUGGCUUAUGGUUAAAAUUUUGACCAUUAACUUUCUCCCUUUUAAAAGAAAACAGAAUUGUGGUAUAAUUUUUUUUCAACUGUUGGUUAAAAUUUUUCAAUUUUUACACCUAGCAGCUGAAUUUUUGAGAUAAUAGUAACAGUGUAUUUAAGGAGAGGGAGGUGGAAAAGAGUUUUGAGGUAAGGGGUAAGAGGGGGAGAGGAGGGGAAGGGUUAUUACAUGCAGCCUUUUGAAUGUGAACUUUAUAAAAUUUAAUUGAACAGGUUCUUUGGGUAAAACCCUUGCAAACUUUUGAUAAACUGAUAGCUUUUACUUCUUAUUUUCCCCUAAGUUUAUAGCUUUUCAAUCAAUAGAGGCAUUUUAGUCACUGAGAACCUCACCCUUCAAUCUUGCUAAAUCUAAUUAUCUCCAAUAAUACUAGAGCUCAGUAAACUUUUCUAUUGGCUUUUUUAUCAACUUUUCUAUCAGCUUAUUUGCGUUUUAGUCUAUGCCAUGAGUUUUCAGCACUGACAAUAAUUUUUUCACCUAAAAUCAUUUACUGGUAAUUAUGACUAGAUUAUAUCAAAUUGACUAAAUUGUGUCUUAUUUUAGCUAUACAAUAGGCAUUCAGCACAGCAUUUUUUUCACCCAAGACCAUUAAUCUUUAAUUGUAAUUAAAUUAUACCAAAUUAAUGUUGUAGAAUUUAGAGUUCAAUAUCAGUAUCUGAGCAAGUUCCGCACAUCUACCCCUCUCCUAGCCUAACAAUAAAGCCAAUUUGUUUUCAGUUGUCUGUUGUUGGAUCAGGGGAGGGGUAGGUGUGUAGUCUCUGAUACCGAUAUAUUGAUCAUAAUUCAGUUUCACUCUCUCUUUAAAUGUUCUUAUUGGGUAGGUGGGUUAUGCAAGUUUUGCAGCAUAUCAUAUGACUACAGAGUCAUCACUAGUGGAACUGAAUGGGAUUUUGAAAUCCCCCAUUGGGAUGGAUAGAUUCCGUGCUAAUGUUAUCAUUGGGGGCACUGAGCCUUUUGCCGAGGUUUGUUACUUUAAUGAAUUUAAAUUUCCUGUCUCAGAUUUUUUCCUUUGUAACUAUAUUACAACAAAGUCAAGUCUUUACAGUGAACAUCAGUAUGCACAUUCUCCUUACUGUUCUCUAUACAUUACAUAAGAUUUGAACAAGGAGAAUUUGUUUAACAAUCAAGAGCUUCUGUAGGUGGUCAUCAUUCCUUUAUUCUCAUAACCUUAAUGUCUGAUACAGUGGUGAUAAUUUGUAAGGAGAAAUUAGAUUCUUGUCACUCUUAGGAGUUAAAGGGUUAACCCGUUACACCCUAACAUCAGUAAGCAUAUUCUCUAUAAUAAUGUUUACCAUAAGUUUUCUAAGGAGCUGUCUUGGUGAAUUUGUUGAAUGAUCAAAAGCUUCUUUAGUUAGUGGUCAAUUCCUUUAUUUUUGUGAAAUUAUUGUUUGACUCAAGGGUGAUACACCCUGGAGAAAUUGGUUACCAAUCACUCUUUGGGUUAAAAGAGUUAACCUGUUGGCUGUCUUCUUGGGACAUUAUACUAUUUUUUAUCUUAGGAGCUCUGUAUAGGAUAAAAAUUGCAUUUCUAUAGUUUUGUAGAACUGCAGUGUAAUGUUCAGUGCAAAACUUGUAUGUUUUGGGAUUGUACAGGACUCAGGGUAAGUGCAUCCAUGUUAGCUAACUGUAAAUUAUUUACUCAUUUUAAGGAUCAUUGGCACCAAAAAUAUCUCAAGAUAGCAGAUAUUAGGUUUAGAACUCUCAAGGACUGUGGAAGGUAAAUAUUUGUUCAAGUUUUCAAGAAGUAGAUGAGGUUGCAUGAGCUUUGUUGCCUUGGGUAAGAUGCCUAUGACUUGGGCUCGAACUCAGAAUCACUAAGCAGAUAUGGAGUUUGAUGUUUAAAAUGGAACAGUAUGCCAGCAUUUUCCUGGAGGCCAUCACUAGUCUCACUUAUUAUAAACCAAAUUUUGUCAAAUAAACACCUGGGUGCAAAAUUUCAGCUCAUAAGGAGGGGUGCUUAUUCUGAAGAAGGGCCACUUAAUGGAGGGGGGGGGGGCUUGUUGAGAAAGUAUUAGCCUGUACUGAUCCUGCUGUAUUUGAAGCUUAAAAUGUUAACUUAAAUUGGCAAUAGAAACAGGUCUCCUCUGCAUCCCCACUGUUUAAGAAAGGUACUUGUACUUGGUACUCAAUGGCUAAGGGGGGUUGGCACUUAAAAAGAGCAACGGAGGAGAACCAUAUUCUGUAUGUUCAAUGAGUUAUUCAACAUUGUUUUCCAAAGAUGUACCCAGAUCACCAUAGAUCCUGAAACUGGGAUAAAGAAUGGACUUGAACCACUCUCAACUUUGAGAAGGUGAACCAAAAAAUUAUUUUCCUUUUACUCAAUAUCAUUAUUGUGAAACUUGUUACUUCGUUGCACUUGACCAAGGGCAUGGCACAAUUCCUGGAAGUGUUAAACAUUCCUUGUGGAAUUCAAGAGUUUUCAACUUUAUGUUGAUGUGUCAGCUGUGAUCAAUAGGGUUAAAAUGUAAUUAUUUUUUCCUCUACCAAUGUUUGCAAACAAGGACCAUAUUCCUUUGUCAUUGUGGAAUCAGAGAAAAAUUGUGACCAACAACUCUUAAGUAACCCAGUGAAAGAAAUUUAAUCCAAAUGAGAAACUAAUUUGAUAAUAAGUCAACCUGAAUCAAUGUCACUAUAUGAGCGAUUAGGCACCUACCCCUCCCCUAACCCAACAUCAACCCUAACUUGUUAUCAGUUAACUGGUGUUGGGUUAGGGGAGGGGUGAAAAAUCCAGUUUUAAUUCAUUUUUCUAUUGCUCUGGGUAUAAAGAUCAUACUGAGGAGAAAUGAUCAAGGAAGCAUCUUAUUUCUCUCUAGGACAAGAUUGCCUCAAGACAGAGACCCAAGACAUGGUAACGCUCCUUUCUUUGGGAUUCAGAUGGCUCCAGACUGUGAAGGAAAUAUCAAGCUUGGAGACCCUGUGUUUAUCUCCUGUUGAUCAAUCUUUAGAGGGGAAAUAGAUUAGAGGGGAGAGGG